CACACUUCACUCCCAAUACAGAAAGGGAUGUCAUUUCCUGCCGCAGACACACAUUCAUCCUCCCAGUAUUUAAGGUUCCAGCGGCAGCUCCAGAGCUGCGAUGCAUUUGGGACGCCCCGCUGACUACUCCUAACACCCCCAAUGAGAGGCCUGCUGCAGUGAAGGGAAGCUAAUUCAUAUUUUCUGGGUAAAGUGAGCGGAUCUAACGCACGUAAAAUGUCAGGUGGGGAGGCAUUUGUCACCCUGGCCACCACAAACUCCUACUGCAUGGGGGCUACAGUGGUGGCCAGAAGUUUGCGGCGCCACGGGACGACUCGCAGCAUCGUCGCCAUGGUGACACCCAAUGUCUCAGAGCAGUCAAGGCUCGACCUGCAGAGUGUCUUCGAUGAGGUGAUCACGGUGGAUUUGAUGGACAGUGAGGACCGUCUCAACCUGUCCCUGCUGGGACGUCCUGAGCUGGGCAUCACCUUCACCAAGAUCCACUGCUGGACUCUGACCCAGUACAGCAAGUGUGUGUUCCUGGACGCCGACACACUGGUCCUGUGUAAUGUGGAUGAGCUGUUUGACCGAGACGAGCUGUCAGCGUCUCCUGACCCCGGCUGGCCCGACUGCUUCAACUCCGGGGUGUUUGUGUUCAGGCCGUCCCUGCACACCCACAACGGCCUCCUGGAGCACGCCCUGCAGCACGGCAGCUUUGAUGGAGGGGACCAGGGCCUGUUGAACUCUUUCUUCAGCAGCUGGCCGGUGGAAGACAUCAGUAAACAUCUGCCGUUCAUCUACAACCUCAGCGCCAGCGCCCUGUACAGCUACCUGCCUGCUUUCCAGCAGUUUGGCCAUGAUGCAAAGAUUGUGCACUUCAUAGGAUCGGUGAAACCCUGGAGCAGCAGCAGCCAGAGGGAGGGCGGCCACUCAAACAUGGAGCAGUUUUUGUCUCUGUGGUGGAGGGAAUACCGCAGUAACACCGAAUCCUCUGCAGCAGAGACACCCCAGCAGACCGAAAAGAAAGAGGCUAUGAAGCCAGUUGUGGUGAAGAUCAAGAAGAGAAAGGCCAAGUUGCCAGUGAAAGGAAAACUGGUCAAGUCUAGUUCACUGCCAGCACAUCUUUCCCCACUUCAAAAGGGACUCCAUGCAACGUCUGGCCCAGAGAUAGUCCAAAAAAGAAAAGCCAGUGUGCCAGUGAAAGAAAACUUGAACUUUUCUGAUUCACUGCCCGUAAAUCUUCCCACGCUUCCAAGCGCGCUCCGUUUACCAUCCGACCCAGAGACAGUCCAAAAGAGAGAAGUCAUCAAGGUGCCAGUGAAAGAAAACUUGGACAGUUCCGAUUCCCUGCCCAUACUUCUUCCCCCGCUUCUUAACGUGUUCGAUUUACCGUCUGACACAGAGACAGGUUCUGAGGAAGAGUACCGCCCCAAAAGGACCCAGGACCUGGCUUUAGAGGAAGAGGAAACUGAGGACAGCGAUGAUCUUUCAGACAUUGAGGAACUUCCUAGGGCCGCAGAAACGGAGGCCGAGCGGCUUGAGCACCGCCUGCUGUGGGAGGCGGGACAGGCCGACUACCUGGGCCGAGACGCCUUCAAGAACAUCCAGAAGAUGCUCGACCGCUUCCUGGACUAACUGCUCACACACAGGAACUACUUUGCAACCAAGCACACCUGGGCUAGCGAUUAGUCUAGGCCCAGUGCUUAUAAUACAUGAGAUGCUUUACAGGCAGAAUAACUAAUAAAAUGUUUUUGAAA